CGCAGUUAGUAAUUCUAUAAAAGGGCACCUACGUACAUUGACGUAAACACAAUGAUUGCAACGUAUGUGCUGAUUUACCUUGCCACUAUCUCCGUCUCAGCGCUGAAGCUACCUGACGAGCUUCCAAGGUGCAAUCGCAAGGAUGCCAAACUGAAUGAGUGCAUCAAGUCGGCGUAUGGACCAUGGCUGGUCACUCUGGCGAAAGGGCUACCCGAAUUUCGAGCUCCCUCUAUUGCGCCACUCAGAAUUGAAAGUUUGUCCAUUGCGCAGGGUUCCGGUCCAGUUAACCUGGUGCAAAAUUACACAGACGUAAGGUACCACUAUUACGAGCUGACGACCGUCACCAACGUCGAGGCGACCAUUACAGAUACCGAAUUUAGGGUUCGUCAGGAGACCUUCGCGAAGAACAUCACAUUUUUGGCCAAUUACAAAUUCGAUGGUAAUAUAUUGACUAUUCCAGUUGUAGGUGAAGGGAAAUCCAGCAUAGUCAUUGGUGACGUCAAUAUCUCCAUGGACUUUAUCGGGGAUGUAAUAGAGAGGGAUGGUGAGAGGUACGUUCAAAUCCAAACGGUUAAAGUUGGUUUAAAUCCCGCCACCGGCACCUACAAAUUUGAAAACUUGUUUGGUGGCGACGACCAAAAGGCGGAGAUUUUACAUCGUGUUCUCAACGAAAAUGCAAUAGAGAUUUUUAAUGAUGUUAGAGUGGGAUACGAAGAAAGUGUCGGGCAAGUGGUAAAGAAAACUAUAAAUAGUAUAUUUGCAAAAGUGCCUUUCAAGGACUUGUUCUUAGACUAAAUCCAACAAUCAUCGUCUCCCAGAUCUUGUAUUGAUCUGAAGGUCCUCCGGCUCUAAAAGUUGCGUCGACUUUUGGUCCAAUUAUCAUCACUGAGGCUGUUUUCAAAGUAUUUGUUGGGAGUGCUGUAGUCUCUCUCCCACUAUGACAUCGU